AGCUUUGUGUGAAAGCAACUGUUCCAAAACUGCCGUUGUCUCUUCCUCCAGAGUUUCUGUUGGAGAGCUGUGGUCGUCGGGCAGGGGAUUGCUCAAUCUGCAGUUGCCAAGAAGUGCCAUCGGGCAUUAGGUUGCUUGAUGAUAUCUGCUGUGUUGGAUAUCACAACUGAUUCUGCCUCUAUGCUGAUUCAAUGUCAACGUGUAUUAAACAUCAUGACAGAUUUUGAAAGAACAGAGAAGAAACUGUUCAUAGACGAUGCAGAUUGAAGGAGAUUUUUUCUGUUAAAAGAACAAUUGGGCGAAGAGAAGCUAAAUUGCUGUGAUCCAGAAGAGGAGCUAGAACAAUGGCAUCCAGAGCUGGGGAGGAGGUGUUUGUGCAAAAUUUGACAAAGCUGCUCCGAAACUAUGGUGACUCUGUGCUGAGCGGGACAAGUACUCUCUCCCUGUUGACCAUUGGCCUGCAGAUUCUCCACCAACUCUUUGAGCAGCAUCUCCUGGCCCGCAAGUACCAGCAUGGAUUUGUUGCACUUCCCUCCCACCCGUCUGACACUGCCUCAGUCCUGGACGUGCAGUUCCUUUUCGAUGUGUUGCAAAAAACCAUCUCACUGAAGUUGGUGCAUCCCCCAGGACCCAACCUCCAGACACCUGUCAAGAUCUUUGCUUUUAAAUCUCUCCGAUUCUUAGAGCUGAAGCGGGUUCCCCCUCACUGCUUGGAAGGACUGCGGGGUGUCUACACACGGCUGGAGAUCCUUGUUUGUUCAUGCUGCAUCAACACCAUCGAGGAGAUUAUCUCUGUCUGUGGUGGUGAUCUGAGCUCUGCCCUCCCCUGGCUGGACCUACACACUCUCAACUUCAGCAACAACUUCAUCACCUCGCUCGACAACUCACUGGGGCUGCUCAACGUGCUCCGGACUCUGGACCUGAGCCACAAUCGAAUCCGGGAAUGUGCGGAGAAUCUCACGCUGCUGUCUGAACUGGAAUACGUGAAUCUGAGCUACAACCUCCUAGAGAAGGUGCCAGUCUUCAACUCCUGCUCCCGGGUGCAGCUGGUCACCCUGCUCCUUCGGAACAACGAACUGGACGAUAUCGGUGGAUUGGAGCAGUUGUCACACCUGAAGUGCCUGGAUCUGGCUUACAACGUGAUCUCUGAACAUGCAAAUCUUGCCCCACUCUCCCAUCUACACAGGCUUAAGGAGCUCUUCCUUGAAGGGAACCCAGUGUAUUACCUGAAAAAUCACCGAGCCUGCACCAUCUAUCACCUUUCUCCCAAAGCUGCCUUCAUGCGUCUGGUUUUGGAUGGAGAGCCAGUCACUAUGGCAGAACUUAAUUACCUCCCGAAGUCUGGCAGGCUCAUUGGGCGUCACUCUCCUCGGGGCAGCGUACUCAAGAAUGUUCUGGAGUCCUCAACACCCAGUGACCACAAUGAUUGCUUACCUUCACCAGACAGUGUUGGUGGCCCACUCACAAAGAAAAAGAGCAAGGUCAAGGUGCGGGCUGCCAGUAUCUCAGAACCGAGUGACAGCGACCUGGAGGUCCGGAAGAAGGUGGCCCCAUCUCACAUGGUCUUGCAGCAUCAGGAAGACAUUAAGAGAAUGGAUGAGCUGCGGGGACAGAUCGGUGAUGACUGGCUGCGUUACCAGCACUACCUCAAUAGCCCCGACGAGGAGGUGAGGCGAGAGCCGGCAGUCAGCAGCUCUGCCAAGGACGAAGCCGACACCUCCGCCAGCAUCCUCAUGGGCAGCGGCAGCUUGGGGGACGUCUCUGAGGAUUCGGCUGACCCUGGCAAGGGGGAGGAGGCAACCCUCACCACCACUCUCCAGGACGACCAGGGGGAGUGCACCCCCUCCAGCUACCUCGCCCCCGAGGAUGGGGCUUGCGCUGAUGAAUCUGUGACGAUAGUGGAAAAAAGAGAAGAGGAGCCUGUGAGAGACGUCUGUCAACCUUUCAUCGUGGGCCGUGUGGUGGAAGAGGAUCCUGACCUGGAAAACAGCUGGAUAUUCCUGAGGGUGACGGAGGACGAGCUGCUGGAGGUGGACCUGAUGAAUGCCGACAUCCUGGAGAGGCUGGAGCUCAGCACCCUGACUGCCAUCCACACUGCCGAGGAGUUCUGGGAGGAAAAUAAUUCUGAGUGUUGCCUUUCUCGGCAGAGCAGAGGCCGGCUUCUCCCUACAGUGGAGUGCUGCUUCAGCUACAUUCGCAGGGAUAAACGCAAGAGGAAGUAUGUGAUCAUGGACACAAAUCCCCAGGAGGCCUCUCAGACCCUGAUUAAGAUCCUGACCGAAGCAUUGGAAGCCAAACAGCAGUCGGAAUCGGAGGCUUUCUCCAGGCUCCAGUGCCUAAAGUGCCGGCAUGAGUUCGAGGAGCUCCAGAAGACCAGUCUGGUCUCUGGGAGUCCGGCCAUUGGGCGAGAGGGUAACCUGGACCACCCAGAGAUCGAGGAUUCCUCGCCGGCCUUGCCCCCCUGCCCCAAGUGCGCGAGCGAUCACGUGAUCAUUCUGCCGACCAAGAUGGAAGUGCGCACCAGUACGCCAGUCCUACCCGAGGAAGGGGAGCCCAGACAGGACCUCGCGAAGAUCCCAUCCGUGGACACCGACCCCACUGGGAGCCUGAAGAGCGUUGAAUCCUUGGGUGGAGCGAGUGUGGACAUCAAGCCGGAUGCACCGGGCGAUGAGUCUCUGGCUGCUUUGAGCACGGACCCCGAGAACUGUGGCUUUGCUGUUGGGAAGAGUGCCAGCUUCUACCUGGAGUGCGAGCACAGCUACAGCAGCAUCAGCACCAGGGACGGGAGCCGAUUGUCGGACAGCUCGGGGGGCGUGGAGCCUGUGCCUGGGGCGUCGGACCUCUCCGCGCUCAGGGUUACCAGGGUCACCUCCAGCCCUGGCUUGUACGGCACCCAGCUCAGCCAGAAGGGAAGUACCAACUCACUGAGUGGCAGCUUGACGUGGAGUUACCGCUACAGCACACCUGUGGGGUCAACACUGACGCGCAACUCCCCCUGCUCUGAUGGCGCAGAGGAUACCUCCGGACCAAGCAAAGGAGCUGAUUUCAAUCUGUCUGUCGAAGAUUUUCAGACCAUUGACCAUAGGCUGAAACUUUUUCUUGAUGUUGAGAUCUUCAGUGAGGAUAAGGAGGAAUACCAGUGCUUCGUCAAGGCAUCCACUGUGAAAUUCGGGAGCCCUGAAGAGUACGCCUCAUUGCUCAUUAUGUCGAACUUCAACGUCUACAUUUUGGAGAUCACUGGACUGCCCAGUGGCCAGCCAUCCAACUGGCUGAGAAAGCGGGAGGUGCAUCUGAUCCAGGACCUGGUCUACCUACAGGUGGGCCUCCGCAACCAGAGUAUCGGCAUGGAAUUCGAUAGCUCAGGCAGCUCCUAUACUCUGCUGAUCAGAAAUCCAUCCAAGUGCAAGAACUUUAUCCAGUUUUUCACAGACAUGGUCCGGGAGUUAACUCCAAAAUCAGUCAGCAAACUAAAGUCUAUCUCCUUCACCCGAAUGGACCCACAGCACAAACUCUGGCCUCUCAUCCAGGAGCAUCCCACGGCCGAUUCAACGGAGGGCAAGCGUCCCAAUUACCUGUAUGUGCUGGCGUUCCUGCUUCAAGAUGACGUCCUUUCCCCAGUCACCAUGCUUGCUACCUCAUCCACCCUGCACCUGCUGACAGAGGACCACCAGUGGAGGAAGGUGACCAGCAAGGCGGACAACCCUGCUCCGAGCGAGAUCCUAAUCAAAGAGUCGCAGCCCAUCAGCAACAUCAGCUCAGUCAGCCUCUACCAGUCCGCCCCACACGAUGUCCGGCUCCACAUCUACCACGAGGUGAGUCGCACGGAGAGCACGUGGCACCUGCGGACAGAGUGCGCCGAGCUGGUGAACGGGCUGGUGGCCUGGGUCCGCGAGUACUGGGAGGACAUGUUCGGCGUGGCCCUGAAAAUCACCGCUCACCAAGUACCAGACUAGACUGUGAAAGGCACAUGGACCUGGGGUGUGCUGGGGUUGGGGGCUACAAGUGAGGAGGGAAGUCCAUGGGAGAGGGUACAAAUCUACCACUCGUGAAGGGCCAAUGCAGAGAGGGGUUGUAUCCGCCUGGUGGCAAGGGCCCUCGACGGACAAUUUGAAUUAUCAUGGUCUUGAGAUGGCUCGACUUCAACCAGGGAACAUUUCCCUUGCCACAUCUACAAAAACAGGCGUUUGCUUAAGCUAGCUUUCCGAGCUGCUGAGCUUCAGUCACCCUGGUGGACUGGAUCAGUGUGCAGAAGGACUCCGGCAUAUCCAGCUGCAUUUUGCCCCAUUCCGGGGCAUGCUGCCUACGAUCUCCUGCAAAGGCAAGUUGCCCACCUCCUGUCCAAUGAGUAACAGGAGGCUUAGGCAGCCCUCGAGCCAUUCCCCAUACUCCUUUCCCCACCAAGAGUGUUCCAAGUCUACCACUGUUGAAGCUCGGCUCGGCAGGUGUUGAGAGAGAGUGGGAGCUGGGAUUUAUUGAAGCAGUAGGGGCAUUGUGUAAUAUUGUUCACUUUUAUACACUAGAUGUACUGUGGUGACCACCCACCAUCUCACUGUCCAUAAGGCUGAAGCCAUCACCUCCCCUUCAAGAGUGCACCUCUUCUUCCUGUUCACUCUAGACCGUUAUCCAUGCAUCUGAUCCCAGCUGCCUGCUAUGGGCUCCACACUAUCCACGUAAAGGAACCCGGGUUUCCCCAGGGAAGGUCUGCUCCCUGUCUGAAUCACUGGCCUCAGCUGCUGCUCUCUGCAUUAUGCGAGUCCCCCGAAUCUCAGUCCAGUUCUGCUCCCUGCAGAGGGUGAGUGGAGAGCUGGAUGGAGCCACACUGGCUCCCUGUUUAAAUGCUGAGUGCGAGGUCCAUGCAUCUCUGGAGAUGUAGAGGGAGGGGGAGCCAGGAAAGGUGUAAUACACUCUGUGAAUCUUGGUUCCAACGCUGCUUCCUACUCUGCCCCCUCCCUACAGUGGAAGCCUGCCUUCUCCUUCUGGGGAGCGGCGUGUUCAGCUCACGGUUCAGUGCACACUGUACAAGAGCCAGCGCUGAAAGGUGGGCAGUGGGGACAAGGGACCGUGCAGCCUGUGGUGUCCCUUGCCCCCGCCUGAAAGUGGGCGUCUGUUCCAGCCACAGCUGUCAAUGCCAUAAAAGUGCCUCUCACUCAGGCCUUUGUACAUGCAGCCCCCGCUGUGUUGCUGAUCUCUGGGCUUGACCACCUCCCCACCAGCUACCUCCCCCCCCCAAGGGGUAGGGGAGACACCAGAGUAACUCCUACCGGAUAGCUGGAUCAUCUCCCCUGACUCUGGUAUUUGGUGCCCAACCCUUCUGCCCCCACCACUGUUGCUGCAUCCCAGACAGACAUCCACCUAAUCCCAAUAUCCCUGGGUACUGGGAGUAGAGACCUUCCCCUUUCCCUGAAGCUGACCUCCAGUGCUAAAUACCUCUGGCUAUAUUGACUCAUUUUCUUUUAAAUAUGAUAUUGCUUGCUCCUCUGUCCCAGAAGACUCCAUCCUGGGGUCUGGGUUUAGUGGUCGGACCUGGGGACAGUGUGGGUGGGCCAACUGAGCUCCUCCCUCUAUCUCCCUCUCUCGCUCCCCACGCUACCUCACGUGGCUCCACAUUCACAAAGGCCACUCGGCCCACACGUUCGAUGCACCGACGUCGGAGGUAAGAGGGCACGCAUGAGAUCAUCGAGGUGCGAAGCCCUACACCUCCCCUGAACCACCUGCCUCCCACUCCAUCCUUGCACACCUUCCUUCCCCAUCUCAGGCGGGGAGCUUAAUGCAUGCGUGGCACUCACUGGUAACCCCACCCUGUGGGGCUAAUGAGGGACUGCCACGAUUGGCCAGUGGGGAGGAGAGAGGGAGAGACAUUGGGACAGGCCAUGUCCCUCAUCACUACCCCAGACCGCCUCCCCAUCACACCGACUGCUAGAGCACCCAAGCACUCUGAGCCACACGUCCCAACUGGAUAAAGUUUUUAAAGCAGGUCAUUUGUUUUACCCAACCCCCCACCCCCAGUCUCCCUGAAAUGGGGACACGAGCACCCACCUCUCUGAGAAUCUGUACAGGACGGUCAAUGUGUCAGGACUCUUGCACUGAUGCUGCAUUGUAUUUAUUUUAAAGUAUAUUUGCUACGUGGUCGAAAUGUUGAGUUGCAUAAGCCUGUAUUUUUGAUAACCAUGCCAAUAAAUUUCACUGUGAGGCUGUUCUGCAUGUGCUCUCCUGCUCAC